CGUCGGUGACUCAGAGUGUCCGCGGGAGCGCCGCCGCCCCAGCCGCGCGCCCCGGUUCCGAGGUCCGCCCGCCCCCGGCCCAGACCCCACGCCUGCCCGGAGCGCGCCUCCCGGCCGGCGCGCUCGCACCCCGCGGCCUCCGUCCUUCCGCCCGAGCCCCGCGCCCUUCCCGGGACCUCUGCCCCGCGGGCAGCGCUGCCACCCUGCCGGCCAUGGAGACCCCGUCCCAGCGGCGCGCCACCCGCAGCGGGGCGCAGGCCAGCUCCACCCCGCUGUCGCCGACGCGCAUCACCCGGCUGCAGGAGAAGGAGGACCUGCAGGAGCUCAACGACCGCCUGGCCGUCUACAUCGACCGUGUGCGCUCGCUGGAGACGGAGAACGCGGGGCUGCGCCUCCGCAUCACCGAGUCCGAGGAGGUGGUCAGCCGCGAGGUGUCCGGCAUCAAGGCCGCCUACGAGGCCGAGCUCGGGGAUGCCCGCAAGACCCUCGACUCGGUGGCCAAGGAGCGCGCCCGCCUGCAGCUGGAGCUGAGCAAAGUGCGCGAGGAGUUCAAGGAGCUCAAAGCGCGCAAUACCAAGAAGGAGGGCGACUUGAUGGCCGCCCAGGCCCGGCUCAAGGACCUGGAGGCCCUGCUCAACUCCAAGGAGGCCGCACUGAGCACGGCGCUCAGCGAGAAGCGCACCCUGGAGGGCGAGCUCCAUGACCUGCGCGGUCAGGUGGCCAAGCUCGAGGCCGCUCUGGGCGAGGCCAAGAAGCAACUCCAGGAUGAGAUGCUGCGACGGGUGGACGCAGAGAACAGGCUGCAGACCCUGAAGGAGGAGCUGGACUUCCAGAAGAACAUCUACAGCGAGGAGCUGAGAGAGACCAAGCGCCGCCACGAGACCCGGCUGGUGGAGAUCGACAACGGCAAGCAGCGCGAGUUCGAGAGCCGGCUGGCGGACGCGCUGCAGGAGCUGCGGGCGCAGCACGAGGACCAGGUGGAGCAGUAUAAGAAGGAGCUGGAGAAGACCUAUUCUGCCAAGCUGGACAACGCCAGGCAGUCGGCGGAGAGGAACAGCAACCUGGUGGGGGCCGCGCACGAGGAGCUGCAGCAGUCCCGCAUCCGCAUCGACAGCCUGUCGGCCCAGCUCAGCCAGCUGCAGAAGCAGCUGGCAGCCAAGGAGGCAAAGCUGCGUGACCUGGAAGACUCGCUGGCCCGGGAGCGUGACACCAGCCGGCGGCUGCUGGCGGAGAAGGAGCGGGAGAUGGCGGAGAUGCGGGCGCGGAUGCAGCAGCAGCUGGACGAGUACCAGGAGCUGCUGGACAUCAAGCUGGCCCUGGACAUGGAGAUCCACGCCUACCGCAAGCUCCUGGAGGGCGAGGAGGAGAGGCUGCGCCUGUCGCCCAGCCCCACCUCGCAGCGCAGCCGCGGCCGCGCCUCCUCGCACUCCUCCCAGACGCAGGGCUCGGGCAGCGUCACCAAGAAGCGCAAGCUGGAGGCGGCCGAGAGCCGGAGCAGCUUCUCCCAGCAUGCUCGCACCAGCGGCCGCGUGGCCGUGGAGGAGGUGGACGAGGAGGGCAAGUUCGUGCGGCUGCGCAACAAGUCCAGUGAGGACCAAUCCAUGGGCAACUGGCAGAUCAAGCGCCAGAAUGGAGAUGACCCCUUGCUGACCUACCGCUUCCCACCAAAGUUCACUCUGAAGGCCGGGCAGGCGGUGACGAUCUGGGCUGCGGGAGCCGGGGCCACGCACAGCCCCCCUACUGACCUGGUGUGGAAGGCGCAGAACACCUGGGGGUGCGGCAACAGCCUGCGCACGGCUCUCAUCAACUCCACCGGGGAGGAGGUGGCCAUGCGCAAGCUGGUGCGCUCGGUGACCGUGGUCGAGGACGACGAGGAUGAGGAUGGAGAUGACCUGCUCCAUCACCACCAUGGCUCCCACUGCAGCAGCUCGGGGGACCCCGCCGAGUACAACCUGCGCUCGCGCACCGUGCUGUGCGGCACGUGCGGGCAGCCCGCGGACAAGGCUUCCGCCAGCGGCUCGGGAGCCCAGGUGGGCGGAACCAUCUCCUCUGGCUCUUCCGCCUCCAGUGUCACGGUCACGCGCAGCUACCGCAGUGUGGGGGGCAGUGGGGGGAGCGGCUUCGGGGACAGCCUGGUCACCCGCUCCUACCUCCUGGGCAGCUCCAGCCCUCGCACCCAGAGCCCCCAGAACUGCAGCAUCAUGUAAUCUGGGACCUGCCAGGCCGGGGUGAAGGUGGAGGCCUCCUGAGUCCUCCUCACCUCGUGCCCAUCCCCCCCAGUCCUGUGCCUCACGGGAGGGGGCCUGAAGCCAAAGAAAAUACCCCUUUGGUUUUGUCUUCUAUGUUUUGUUUUUUCUAAGAGAACUUAUUUUCUACAGUGAUUUUAUACUGAAGGAGAGACACAAGCAAAAAAAAAAAAAAAAAAAAAAAAAAA